UAUCGUUGUCAUCGGACGUGCGUCGUGGAAAGCGCUUACAAUUUGCCAUUCUAUGCUAUUUGCUGAAUCGCCACGAAUGAAGUGCUGCAAGAAAAUCUCAAGCGGGAUAGUGAAAUUUUUGUGAAAAUUGUUUUCAUUCGAAGUCAAUUGUGUUUUCCAUUGGGGGCCAGUAAGCAAAAAAAGAAAAUAAUACCGUUGACAUUUCCGGAGCGGCGUUCGGGGUCACUAAAAAGUUCGAUGUCCGCGUGUUUAAUAAGAGGCAAUAAGAGCACAACAAGGCAAACAUAAUUAAUUGCUGUUCCGACUGUCUGCUGUAUGUGUGUGGAUGUCUUUGUGUGUUAAAUGAAAAUCAAAAUUAAUUGCAUUUGAAGCAUAUUUAAAUACGCAUUAAGCUCCACAUAAACGUGGAAAACUCAACGAGCUUGUGGUUUCAAUUGUGAGUAAACAGCAUCAACUGUUCCCAACAACAACAACCGACAACAACAACAAAGGCAACAAUAACGUGUUGGAGUAACGUUGUGUUGCGUCGCGUCGAGAUUCUCGUUGCCGCCGCCGCCGUCGCAGUCGUCGUCGCCGUCGCCGUUGCGGUCGCAGUCGCUGUCGCUGUCGCAGUCGCCAUCGACGUUGGUGCUGCUUGUUGUGCGCGCAAUUUCCGGUUUCCGUUUCCGCCGUGGGGUAUUUGAGUCUGCACCCGAAAAGUUCUAGCUAUAGGCACUGCCCACAAAAUUUGCCAACGUGAAAAAUACUUGAAGCAAAUGAAAUGAAAAAGUGUUAAUCUUCGAAAAGCAAAGCUUUUCCACAACCCUCCCCCGCCCCGAAAGCAAAGUGCAGACUUACAUAAGUUCUUGAAAGUGUCGCGUUUUCCAGUUCACGAAGUUGACCCCUUAAAUUAGUUUUAAUCAUUGCACUUGUUAAACAAAACUCAAAAGUCUUGUUCACCUGGCGGCCGCUUCAAAGCUUUGCACAGUGGAGUCUAAAAUAGAUCAGUUGAACGUCAAGAAAUCUAGAAAAAUUCUUACACAUGAACCAUUGAGUGAUUUUGGAGUUAUUAACGAGCAAAAUACACACAAACUCAUUGGAAGAAGUGAUGAAGUCAUGAGACCAACAUUCGAUCGACGCCUCUGGAUAUUAUUGUUCAUUAUUUUAGUACAAUGUACAAACACAGCAAAACCACAAAAUAUCAAUGCCAACUAUCAAACGAGUGCAUUGAAAACUCCCACCGAGCACGACGCAUUAAUCAAAUGGAGCACCAUAUCACAGCAUACACCGAAAGAGAGUCCAUUUCUACCAAAAGCAGAUGUACAAAGGAUACAUCGGGCGCCAGUUGACGACUAUCUACAGGAUGGUCCGCCAAAGUGUGCCAAAAACUGCGCAGUGUCCAAAUCGAAGGUCUCCAAAUGGAAGGCGCAACUUAAAAAGCGGCCUGUUCACCAGGCACACAGAGCGACGCCGCAUAAAGAGGCGAAGCGACGUUUGCGGCGAGAGACGGAGGAAACCGAUGUGGAGCUGCAAUUACCUACUGUUAUCCCAAGCGGCACCACGCUAGCGACCAGUGCAAUAGUCACUGCUUAUGCUAAUAAAUCACACUCAACGCUGAAGAGCUUGGUUAAGCCAAAGCGAAGCCGUUCCAUGGUGCAUCUGGCUCCCGAGGACAUGCAACCAAAGCCAAAGGAGCCCGUGAUUAUUAUCGACGACGUCGAGGAGUUUGACAGUGGCACCGCCACGCGUGAUUUGUUUCCCAAGAGCGGCGAUGACGGAGGGGAUCUUUUGGAUGACGAGGAGCCAGAGGAACCACGUGCCCUGCCAUUGAGGCCAGUGCCUCCCAAUCCCUAUGAGAACGAGGAGAUGUCAGUCGUCUAUGCGGAGCAACAUUCGGAAAUUAGACUUAUGUGCGAAGUAGAUCUGGACAUUUCCUCUAGCAUGUGGUACAAAAAUGGUCAGGUGGUCCAUGCAAUGGAUCGUACAUCACGAGUCACCGACUACCGUUUCAUCAAGGAGGCAAAUGGCGCGCUAACUAUCACAAAUGUAAUGCUUGAAGAUGAUGGCAAAUGGCAAUGCGAAGCGGAAAAUACCCGACGUUAUACAGAGAAUGCUCGUCCCGUAAAGUUGGUUGUGCUUGAUCGACCGAAACCUCCUUAUCUGCUUAUUGAUUCGCGUCGUUUGGAUGCUGGCAACAUUUUUGUGCCCGUCAAAGAGAACUCAGAAUUGAAUUUGGCAUGCGUAAGCGAAGGGGGCAACCCACGACCUACUCUCACCUGGGAAGUUCUUCUUAGUCCAGGUGUGGAUCGACAUGCACAGAAAGUGUCCGCUGACGUGUUAGAGCUGGAGGAAAUCAAAAAACGAGAAGACAUUCGGGAAGUCAGAUGGGCGGACAUGGUUACAUCGUCUCGGGUGUUGACGGAUAAGAACGGCUAUAAAAUCAACAGUGGUGCCAAAAGCGAGUCACGUCUUCCCGCCGUCUACAGGGCUCAUCACAAUGCCCGAAUAUUGUGUGUCAUGGAGCAUCCCACUCUGAAGAUUCGCCAGAAUGCCUCCUUGCUCUUGGAUGUGCAGUAUACGCCCUCAUUUGCAAUCUCCCGUACACCUGGUUUUGGCUAUCCGCUGCGCGAAGGCAUUGAAGUUAGCCUCAAGUGCGACGUCGACUCAAAUCCAACGAGUACUCCGCGGUGGCAGAAAGACGACGGUGACACACCGGUACCACAAACUGGCGACGGAUUUCUCAACUUUACAUCCAUUAGACGAGAACACUCUGGCUGGUAUAAGUGCACAUCACGACAUCUGAACUUUCAAUACUCGUCAAUUGGUUAUUACCUCAGCGUACGCUAUGACUCAGUGGAUGUCACCUCAGAGCCUGAUGACCAAGAUGUCUCUGUGGCAGCUGCCUCGCAUAAUCCCAACAAAGGGCAACUGGAGGUACAACUAGGCGGAGCCGUUACUUUACAGUGUCCACAAGGAUCUUUGGGUUGUUGGUCGCAUUUGGACCCAGUCUCGGCCAGACUGCGGGGUCUUGGAUAUGGAGCUUCUCAGCCAACAGGUCAAUUCUCUCUCAAAGAUGUAAUGUACCAGGACGCCGGGACCUACAAAUGUGUGGGACAAUCGUUGGCGAAUAAAAAGAAACUCGAAGUACUUCAGAGUGUAACCGUUUCAGUCAAGGGGGCACCUACAGUUGUUGCCUUAAAUGCCACACCCGUGGCUUAUCCUGGCUCACCUCUGCAUCUUAACGUGGAGUUUUGUGCUAAUCCUCCAGCACAUGCAGCUCGUUGGUUGCAUGGGGAUCGAGUGUUCACACCAGGAAAUCAAUAUGGCAGCACAGUUCUGGCCUAUUCGGUUAAGGAUCUGCCAACUCCAUACUGUAAAGAGGCGCGGUUGACAUAUGUCAGCAUGCAUGAACGUGUGCCACGAACUUUCUAUUUUAUAGUAUCGACACCUGGUGGCGUUGCUGAGGCUGUCUUCAAUGUCAACUUUACGAAACGCAACCGGCAAAUGUCCAACACCAUCGACGAUGACGAAGAGGAGGAGCUCAACAGACCCGAACAAAUACAUUUCCCUGUUUUCAGCAAUAAUACUGCGAGUGAACAGAGACUUGAGCUUACACUUGCGUUAACACUAUUUAGUAUAUCGCUGCUUCAAUGCCAAUAGCUUUAAGAUUUUUAGCGUGAUAGACCAAGCAAACCAGUAGCCAAAGAGAUAAACUGAGUGACUGAGGGAAUUACUUACUUACUCGUACAGUGUGCUCCCAUGUGUGUGUUUUUUGAGGUGUGAAUGAAAUAAGAGGAAGAGAGAGAGAGAGAAAGAGAAAGAGAUGGCGCGCAAAAUAAUGCCGACUCUGUAUGAAUGCAAGUCACAACAACACUUUCUACUAUUAACUACCCACAAACUAUAUCUAUUCAUCAGCUAUAAAUGUAUCUUUAUAUGAUGCUGCCACCACUACUACUAUUUAUUAUUAUAACGGUAUAUAUUUACUUACGUGUAACCGAUUGGCAAAAGUAUCAAAAUGAAAUGUAGCAUCUUGAAUACUUAAGCUAUGGGCCUCCAUCUAUCUAUCUAUCGAAAAGGGUGUGCACAUUAUAUGUAGGUGUCUAAGUUGUCACAUUAACCCUCUUAGUCUUUAUCCAACGCAAUUAUCCUCACCGCCUCCCAUCGCCUAGUAUCAUCACCCUUUUAACAUACGUAUACAUAAUAUUUAUACUAAAUUUGUAGCGUGUAAUUAUUAUUGUGACUGUAUCAGUGUAUGUGUGUGUAUGUAUUUUAAAAAUCGAAGUAGCGCAGCGCUUAACUUGAAAGCCCAUAAAAAAAGGGAAUUAAUACAAAAACAACAACAUCAACAACAAAAAUGAGAAUGUUUUUAUCUAUUGUUAAAAGUUGAACCAUAAUUAUUAUACUUUAAGUUCCUUUUUGAAGAAAAUAAGCAAAGUGACUGAUUUUUUUAAUAUAUAUUUUGAGUCAAUGAAAGAUUUAUAGAACUAAUGAUGAGAGAUGUUAAAAUUUACUUUAUGAAUAAUGCAAAUGAAAGGCAAAAUAAAACCUACCAGGUACGAACAAAUUCCUUCCAUUUCGAUUUUCACGUAUUUGAACAUGUAAGAAUAUAAGAAGCCAUAAGUACAUAAUCGAUAGAGUUUAAUAUAUGAAUGUUUCAAGUAUAUGUAUGUAUUUUUUUAUCAUUAAAUAAACUCUUCUUUUUUUAUUGGUAUUCAAUUGAAACAAUGUCAAAUUAUAGGUUUUAUGUUUUGUUUUGUCUGUAAUUAAUUUUUCAUCAUUUACAAGGACCAAGCACUCUUGAAAUCUUAUUAACAUUAAUUGAUUUAUUAUAACAAAUUAUGGAAUACUUGAUUCAUCAUAAUGGCAAUAUAUAAAAAAAAACAAA